CGCUGCGUGGCUGGACAGUAAUACAGUCCGCUAGAUUAAAGGCUUAACUGCGCUCUCAUAAACCCUGAUUAAGAAGGUCAUGAAGCUUUAGCCGUUAGCAUUCAGCUAGCACACCAUCGACUAUCUACAUCUCCGCGAGCAGGUUCAUUCAUCCGCCAAAAAUGGAGUGGGCAAGUCAGCUUUGUGAGAACCGCGGCUUGGGAUCCAAGAUGACAGACUCCAAAUAUUUCACCACUACCAAGAAAGGGGAGAUCUUUGAGCUGAAGGCAGAGCUCAACAGUGAUAAGAAAGAGAAGAAGAAGGAGGCAGUGAAGAAGGUCAUUGCGUCUAUGACAGUGGGAAAAGAUGUCAGUGCUCUGUUUCCUGAUGUUGUGAACUGCAUGCAGACGGAUAAUCUGGAGCUGAAGAAGCUGGUCUAUCUGUACUUGAUGAAUUAUGCCAAGAGCCAGCCGGACAUGGCCAUUAUGGCAGUCAACACCUUUGUGAAGGACUGUGAGGACCCAAACCCUCUGAUUCGUGCACUGGCUGUGCGCACCAUGGGCUGCAUCCGAGUAGACAAGAUCACCGAGUACCUGUGUGAACCUCUAAGGAAGUGUCUGAAAGAUGAAGACCCUUACGUAAGGAAGACUGCUGCAGUUUGUGUCGCCAAGCUGCAUGACAUUAACGCCCAGCUGGUGGAAGACCAGGGCUUCCUGGACACCCUGAAAGACCUGAUCUCUGACUCCAACCCCAUGGUGAGGCAUUAUAACCCAAUUUUUGCUCUGUCUGAGAUAGCAGAGUCUCAUCCUAACAGCAACCUUCUGGACCUGAACCCUCAGACAAUUAAUAAGCUCCUGACAGCCCUUAAUGAAUGCACCGAGUGGGGCCAGAUCUUCAUCCUCGACUGCCUGGCCAACUACACGCCCCGUGAUGACCGCGAGUCACAGAGUAUCUGUGAGCGUGUAACUCCACGGCUGUCCCACGCUAACUCUGCCGUGGUUCUGUCUGCAGUGAAGGUUCUGAUGAAGUUCAUGGAAAUGCUUCCUAAAGAUCUAGACUAUUACGGCACUCUUCUGAAGAAACUUGCUCCUCCUUUGGUCACGCUGCUCUCAGCUGAACCUGAACUGCAGUAUGUUGCCUUGAGGAACAUUAACCUCAUCGUACAGAAACGCCCUGAAAUUCUAAAACAUGAGAUGAAGGUUUUCUUUGUGAAAUAUAAUGACCCAAUCUAUGUCAAGCUGGAGAAGCUGGAUAUCAUGAUCCGCCUGGCGUCUCAGGCCAACAUUGCUCAGGUGCUGGCUGAGCUGAAGGAAUAUGCCACUGAAGUGGAUGUGGACUUUGUGCGUAAAGCUGUACGAGCCAUUGGCCGCUGUGCAAUUAAAGUAGAGCAAUCAGCAGAGCGUUGUGUCAGCACACUGCUUGACCUCAUUCAGACCAAGGUCAAUUAUGUGGUGCAGGAAGCCAUUGUGGUCAUCAAGGACAUCUUCCGCAAGUACCCCAACAAAUAUGAGAGUGUGAUUGCCACUCUGUGUGAGAACCUGGACUCUCUGGAUGAGCCUGAGGCACGGGCAGCCAUGAUCUGGAUUGUGGGAGAGUACGCAGAAAGGAUCGACAAUGCAGAUGAGCUGCUGGAGAGCUUCCUGGAAGGCUUCCAUGAUGAGAGCACACAGGUGCAACUGCAGUUGCUGACAGCUAUUGUGAAGUUGUUCCUGAAGAAACCCACUGAGACCCAGGAGCUGGUGCAACAAGUGCUCAGUCUCGCCACACAGGAUUCUGAUAAUCCUGACCUGCGUGACCGUGGCUACAUCUACUGGCGUCUACUCUCCACUGACCCUGUGGCGGCAAAAGAGGUGGUGCUGGCCGAGAAGCCUUUGAUAUCAGAGGAGACGGACCUGAUUGAGCCCACCCUGCUGGAGGAGCUUAUCUGCCACAUUGGUACUCUGGCCUCAGUCUACCACAAACCUCCCAGUGCUUUUGUGGAGGGCAGCCGUGGCGUUCAGCACAAGAGAAUUCCUGCUCGCGCUGGCUCUGGGGAAAAUGCCGAGAGCCCUGAUGUUGGCCAGUCUGGACCUUCUGAAGCUCCACCUGCUGUCAUUCCAUCACAAGGUGAUCUCCUAGGUGACCUGCUGAACCUGGAUCUGGCCCCACCCACUGCCGCUGUCCCUUCAGUGCAGCCCUCAAUGCAGAUGGGAGCCAUGGACCUACUGGGAGGAGGUCUGGAUAGUCUGAUGGGCGAUGAAUCAGAUACGCCGGGAGUUUCCCACAGGACAGAGGUGCAGUCUCCCCAGCCAUCUUCUGAUUAUAGUGAGAGAGAGCUGGGAGGAGACAUCGGCGGAAGCCCUUCGAUGGGUGCCGGUUUGGGGGCGGCCCCAGCAGCCAUGCCUGCUGCUCUUGGCGGUGCUCCUGCUGUUGGAGGUGGAUUGGGAGACCUUUUUGACCUCGGUGGAGGUGUUGGCAUGCCAACAGGAUCCUACAUUGCUCCUAAAACUGUGUGGUUAGCGGCAAUGAAAGCUAAAGGGCUGGAGAUUUCUGGGACAUUUGCCCGACGCGGUGGGAUCAUUCAGAUGGACCUGUCUCUUACCAACAAAGCCAUGAGCGUUAUGACUGACUUCGCCAUUCAGUUCAACAGGAACAGUUUCGGUCUCUCCCCUGCUGGCCCUCUGCAGGUUCUGACUCCUCUGAGCCCCAAUCAGACCAUUGACGUUAGUCUCCCUCUCAGCAUGAGCGGCCCUAUCAUGAAGAUGGAACCUCUCAACAAUCUGCAGGUAGCUGUGAAGAAUAACAUUGACGUGUUCUACUUCAGCUCACAAUAUCCCCUCAGCCUGCUCUUUGUAGAGGACGGAAAGAUGGAACGUCAGGUGUUCCUGGCCACCUGGAAGGACAUUCCAAAUGACAACGAGGCACAGUUCCAAAUCAAAGACAUCCACCUCAACUCAGACACGGCCAGCAACAAGCUGCAAGGCAGUAAUAUCUUCACCAUAGCCAAGAGAACAGUGGAGGGGCAGGACAUGCUGUACCAGUCUGUCAAACUCACCAACGGCAUUUGGGUGCUGGCAGAAAUGCGCAUACAGACCGGCAACCCCAACCACACGCUGUCGAUAAAGUGCAGAGCGCCGGAGGUGUCUCAGUUUGUGUUCCAGUGCUAUGAGUUGGUGCUGAAGAACUGAAGUGGCGGGAAACCAACAGGAAACUGCAGUUCCCAGGCAUCGUUUGGGUGACUGAAACUUGAUUGGACCAGUCAGAGAAAGAACCCCUGCUGUCUUGCAUUUCCCUCAGACUGUGCUUUCUGCAUUGACUGAAUCCCAAGGAAUUUUUCUUCAUUAUUUUGUCCAUUCCCAACACCCUUCUUUAUCCCGCCUGUUUCCAUCCUGCAGUCUUUAAAAUAUUAGUUACAGUAAAAUACGACACACAAAAUAUAAAGAUAUCAUCUUUAAUUCACAUAUGUGCAGGUGUUCUACUCAGCAAAUUUCAUUCCUGUACUACAUGAUUGCUUCACUGUUUAUCCUGGGUGAUUGUUUUGCCCCUCAUGGAGGUCAAGCAUCAUACACCGAUGAUCAAGAGUUUUAGACCAGCCUGUAUUCCUCAUCCAUCCAGUUGUAGGAAGGGUGUGUUUACCACAGUUGAGAGAAACCUUUCAACACUGCUGUUUUUAAUUUAGUCUUAAUAAU